AUGACGAUGGAGAAGCCAGAUAUCGAGCCCCGCGUCGCCGAAUCCUUGAGUAACGACUUCGAUCCAGCCUUGGAGAAGAAGUUGCUACGGAAGUUGGACUGGCGCAUCAUCCCUGCACUAUGGUUCCUGUUCCUCGUAUCAUUCAUGGACCGAUCGAACAUCGGAAAUGCCAAAAUCGCUGGAAUGGUCAAAGAGCUGCAUAUGGUCGGAAAUGAUUACAAUGUCGCCGUUACAAUGUUCACUGUCGCAUAUGUGAUUUUCGGAGUGCCCGCCAAUCUCCUGGUCAAGAAAUUCGGCCCCAGAAUGCUGGUCAUUUACAUGUUCACCUGGGGGCUGUUUGUGAUGGGUCAGGGCUUGACAAAGACUGCGACGGGGCUGAUCGCGUGUCGGUUUUUCAUGGGAAUGUGUGAAGCAGGGUUUGUUCCUGGCUGCGCAUAUUUGAUUGGGAGUUACUAUAAGCGAGAUGAGUUUCUGCGUCGCUAUGCAAUUUUCUUUAGUGCUAAUAUGGCAGCCGGCGCGAUCAAUGGGCUAUUCUCGAGUCUCUUAACGGGAUUGAACCUCAGCGGAUACGCAGGGUGGCGAUGGCUUUUCUUGAUCGAAGCCAUCAUCACCAUGGGUAUUAGCAUCGUUUGCUAUUGGAUUGUCGUACCGUUUCCGGAAGACGCGGAUUUCUUGACGCCCGAGGAGAAGGCGUUACUGCUAGCUCGCCUGGAGGCCGAUGGUGGUGGUGUCCGCAAUGACCCCAUUUCCUUGAAACGGGUAUUCAGUAUGGCGGCCGACUGGAAGAUCUGGAUCUGCGUCCUGGCCUAUAUCGGUGCCGAAGAAAGCGCUAGUUCUCUGGUGGCAUUCCAGCCCACCAUCCUCAAGGACCUUGGCUGGACUGCUCGUUCCGCACAAGCGCAUGGCAUUCCUAUCUAUGCAGUUGCAUUCGUUUUGACUCUUUCUAGUGCCUGGUUGAGUGAUUACCUCCGACACCGCUUCCUAUUCACUCUCUUCGGCUCGGUUCUGAUCAUUAUCGGAUGGAGUGUUCAGCUGGCACACUACCUGCCAGCGGCUGUCCGCUACAUGGGCAUGUUCUUUGUGGCUUCCGGUGCCUUUAUCAUGAUGUCAAUCACGGUGGUAUGGUUGUGCAUUAACCUCGGCAAGGGGGUCAAGCGCAGUGUGGGUAUGGGCUUGCUUCCAGCAUUUGGCAAUUGCGGUGCCUUUGUGUCCGGGAACGUGUUCAUCACCAGCCAGUCCCCCAAAUACCCAGUGGGAUUCGGCGUUGGGUUAGCUUUUGCAGUCAUGGCCGGCGUGGCAAGCACGGUGUACUAUUUCGGCUUGCGCGCGGAGAACCGCCGGCGCGACAGCCAGCCCGAGCACGAGUGGACCCCGGAAAGUGCUCAGGAUCUCGGAGAUGCGCACCCAGAUUUUCGGUUUCACCUGUAA